GCCCGCCUCCUUCCCGCCGGCUCGCGCCCUCUCACGGGCGGGGCGGGGGAGCCGCUGCCUUGGCAGCCGCCGGGACGCGGAGAGUCUCUCGCUUCCACUUGGCUUGGAGGGGGGCGCCGCCGCCAUGCUGGGGGCCGAGACCCCCUUCCCCCGCCCCAGGAGGGAAGCUUGGCCCGAGCUCGCGGAGGACCCUUCGCCGCCGGGGAGCGGGGCGGAAGACUCGGCUGGGCAGGGGAUCGCCGCCACCGCCUCUUCCUCCUCCUCGGGGGCGCAGCGGUGCGGGGAGGGGGAGGAGAGGCGGGGGGCGCCCCCCCUGGACAGAGACCCCCCGCGCGGCGGGGAGGCGGCCGGGGGCGAAGAGGAGCCGCUCCUGAGGGGCAUCUUCCAGAUCGGGAAGAGGAGCUGCGACGUGGUGCUGAGCGCCAGGCAGCUCAGGUGGAGCCCCAUCCAGCCCGAGAGCCGCGGGGGUCAUUCCAAUAUGAACAUACCAUGUAAAGAGGAGUCUGUUGAAAUCAAAGAUAUAUUUUCUGUAAAAUUGAAACGUCGUCGUUUUGCAGGACAGAAGAAAGGCGGUGUGUUGUUAGGUAUCACGGUUUUUGUAUGCCUGAAAAAAGAAAAUAAACUAAAGGACUCUGCCGUCAAUUUUAAUAAUUUAAGUGAAGACCACUGCCAUUCCUGGUUUAGAUGUUUGAAGGAAAUUUUGAAUGGCUUUCCAAAUAGACCAAAGUCCCUAAAAGUAUUUGUUAACCCAAACAGUCAUAAAAAAGAAGCUACUCAUGUUUAUUACGAACAAGUUGCACCUCUCUUUAAGCUUGCUGACAUCAAAACUGACGUCACAGUAACUGAAUAUGAAGGACAUGCUCUCUCAUUGCUAAAGGAAUGUGAACUCCACGCAUACGAUGGGGUGGUUUGUAUUGGUGGCGAUGGGUCUACCAGUGAGAUAGCUCAUGGUCUACUACUUAGAGCUCAGAUGGAUGCUGGGAGAGAUACAGAUUACAUUCUUUCACCUGUCAGAGCACCACUUCCUCUUGGCAUUAUACCAGCAGGUUCCACUAAUGUUUUGGCUCAUACUCUUCAUGGAAUCAACCAUGCAGUAACUGCAACACUGCAUAUUAUAAUGGGACAUAUACAACCAGUGGACAUCUGCACUUUCAGUAGUCCAAGCAAGCUUCUUCGUUUUGGGUUCUCAGCUAUGUUUGGUUUUGGUGCAAGAACUCUGGCUUUGGCAGAAAAGCAUCGCUGGAUGCCUUCCAACCAGCGGAGAGAUUUUGCUGUAAUUAAAACACUGGCAAGUCUAAAGCCAGAGGAAUGUGAGUUAUCAUUUCUACCUCUGAAAAAUUCGCUGCAGGGCUCCCAGGAGAAUGUUACAAUGAAGAAAGAGAGACUUAAAAAAUUUGACAGCAAGGUUCAGUGGCACACAAUCCAAGAUCACUUCCUGAAUGUGAGCAUUAUGGCAAUCCCAUGUCUAUGUUCAAUGGCACCAAGAGGCUUGGCACCUAAUACCAGCUUCCCAACUGUAUGGGAUGUUUUGGUUGCACGUAUCAGACCAGAUCUCAUGCAGCUUUUAUUGGCUUUUGGCAAAAGGCUACUCACCACUACGUUGAAUAAUGGUAGCAUGGCUCUUAUUGUUGUACGAAACACUUCUCGGGCAGAGUUUAUAAAACAUCUGAAACGAUAUGCCAGUGUAAAAAAUCAGUUUAAUUUUCCCUUUGUUGAGACCUAUGCAGUUCAGGAAGUAAAAGUCCAACCAAGAGCUAAAAUUGGGUAUGACACUGAAGAAAAUGUGUAUUUGCAUGCUACUUCUGCAGAAGGGAAUUAUCCUUGGAAUAUAGAUGGAGAUUUAAUGGAAGGAGCAUCAGAGGUUCACGUUCGGGUGCACCCACAACUUAUUAACCUUUAUGGAGUGAGCAUUGAUGAACUGGAUGAUUCCAAAGCAAUGUGCAGUUGUCUGUAGAAGAAAUUUAUGAAGAAAUGUGUUUCAUGGUGCAGGUUCUACAUAAAAGACUCAUUUUCAUCUUUAAACAGCUAUUUAAGGCCCAUUCCUUCACCCACUGAAGUCCAAGGACCAAGACUGAAAUUAGGAUGUUUAUAUAGAACUAACAAUAUUACAAAGAAUUUUAUCAAGUAAAAUAAUUGUAAUUAUUAAACAAAAUGUUUAUAGUUUUAACCUGAAAAUAAAUACAUUGACAAAUA